UGCCCCAGACGAAUUUCAAAUCUAGCUCUUGAUUUGCUUCACGUGCGUCAACCUCAUUCUCACGGCAAUGUUUCCCUCUUCCGAUUCGUUCACGUGAACAAAAGCCAUUGAUCAUGCGACUAUGGAUCCAAUCCAAUCCACGGCAGAUCACUUCACCACCUGUUGCUAAAUCCGAAGCUCAGCCUGCUCUCCCGCUUGGUCGCGAAUAUUCGGGUAGAUUCUGCGUGAUUCGGCGUAGCAUAACUUAUCACGUUGGACUUGAUAUUCUCGGGUUCGGCGGUGAACAAGCGGCGCCAUAACAUUCUCGACGUGUCGUCGCAGCCACGGCAGCAAGCAGCAUGGCGAAGGUCGCUGGAUGGCGUUCUUCCAUAGAAUGUACCGUGCUUCCCCUUUCAAUAUCAAAAGUCGACCUCCGCUGGUUCGUUUAUCUUCCCUCUUCUCCCCUCCGCUCCAGUCCAGUCCGCCAUUGACCAUCGCUAUCAUCGGUCUUAUCACUCAUGGCGUUCUUUCACACCCACCAGCCUCUCGAUCUGUACCGAGCUCCCUGCAGAAGGGACCGCCGGCUAGCGGUAGAACCGCCGCACGGCCGCUCCGCGCCAGCGCGUCCCGCCGUGGCGGAAAGCCCCCGCCGCGGAGUCACACCCAGCGCCCCCGCCCCGCUCCGCAGCGGGAACCCGUCUCCCCGCCGAGCUCUUUCCGCCGCUGACUGCGCGACUGCGCUCUCACUAACACCAUCGCCUCCCCGCGGGAAGAAGCCUGCUUCCGCGUUUCACCGGCGGCGGCAUUCCCUCUCAGGAGUACCAUCGUCGCCCGCCAACCUCGUGUCACCCCCCCGCCACCCGAGCGCGGAAAAGGCGACCCUUAACACUUCUACCAGGGUUGCUUAUAACGAGUACGUUGCUGCUUCUUCUCGCGUCCUCCAGAGGCCUGCAGAUGCAGCAGCAAGCCUUCCCAGUCGUCCUGGGGAAGCCAUGGUCCUGGGCCCUCGGAGCACGACCACGCUAGCUACCUCCUUCCAAAGCACUAGGGUGAGCGGUGGCAGCAACCCUGCCUCGCCUCAAUCUUCAAAGGCGGCUAUCAGCAGCAGCAGCAGCAGCAGCAGCAACUGCAGCAACUGCACUGCCUCUCCUCUACCUCAUACACCGAGCAACAGCCCGCCUGCCUCUCCUCAGUUUCCAAGGCCGUGCACCGACCCCCCUGCCUCUUCCGUACCUCACAGGCCGAGCAACAACCUCCCUGCCUCUCCUCCGUCCCCAGUGGGCUGUGGCAGCGUUGGCAGCAAAGCUAGCAGGAGCAGCAGGAGGGUGGCAGCAUGGAAGCCUGUCAAGCCAUGCCUCAGUGAGCCCUGCAGCCCCAGACAGGGAUCGCCGGUUAGGAGCCCAAGACGUGUCAAGUUCUUCAAGUAUGUGGAGGUGCUUGAAUACAUUCCCUAGGUGAUACGUUCUAAGAUGUAUUUAGCAACGCUAUUGGAUCUGUUGGUUCCUGCUUUCACUAGGGUACGAGUGCAAUAACUAUGUAAUGAGUGA